AUGUACUACAACAACAACAAAAUACUGGAUCGGCUUUUACUACCAGAACCAUUCAGCCGUUACCUGAAUGUAGGUCCGGCCGCCGGAUCAGCCGACGGCUACGGUGGUAGUGGUGGCUAUGGCUAUGGCAAUGAGGACAACAAUGCAACCAUACAGUCAAAGGCCAGUAUUAGUUCGGUCGGUCGGCUCAUGCAAAUGCUCAAAGUGGUCGAUGCCCGGCGCCAGGAACGUUGUCGACGGCUAUCCGAAUCGGCCACCAGCUAUUUGGGCACUGCCCUACCGGAACAGUACGGUCAGCGACAGACUAUUGCCUGCUAUAAACUACGGCUCCGGAUCUACAAUAUGUUGCACCGGCCGUACGGUUUUUGGCCGUUUCUCUAUCAUAUUGUUGUGUUUUUGUUGGUAUUCCUGUGCUUGAUAUUGACAGUGUUCAGUACUGAUCAUAAUUUUGAGAAUGUAUCAUGGAUGAUUAUGUUGGAAAUGGAAAAAGUAAUGGUCGGCUGGUUUGGCAUAGAGUUUCUGGUCAGGUUCUGGGCAUCGUCAUGUAAGAUACAAUAUCGUGGAUGGCGUGGGAAAGUCAGGUUUGUAUGGAAUCCCUUACGUAUCGGUGAUAUCAUACUAUUGAUUGUAUCGACCUGUCUAUUAUGGGUCGACUCGGCCGACGGUCAUCUAGUAUUCGCUGCGUUUGCUUUGCGAGGAUUUCAUCGAUUUUUUCAAGUGAUUCAAAUGAUAAAAUCUGAACGCCGUUUCCGACCGGCCAGUGUCCUCAUGAGUGUCAUAUCCGCACAGAGAGAACAACUGAUUAUAACAACGUAUAUCGGUUUUCUGGUCCUAUGUUUUAUGGCUUUCCUAAUCUAUAUCGUCGAGACUGAUGUCAAUCAAAAUUUCGAUAGUAUUGCCGACUCGUUUUGGUGGGCCAUUAUUACCAUAUUUACCAUAGGCUAUGGUGAUAGAGUACCGGUAACAUGGUUGGGCAAAUUGAUUACCUGUGUGUUUACCAUAGUUGGUGUGUCGAUAUUUGCAUUGCCGGCCGGCAUAAUAGGUACAGGACUGGCCAUGAAUGUCCAGGAAGACCAGAGAGCCGAAAAUCGUAUCAAAAAACGCAAACCGGCAGCCAUUCUCAUACAACGGUGCUGGAGGUAUUACGCGGCCACUCCCCAGUCGCUAUCGAUAGCCACUUGGCUAAUACAUAGGCGACAUUGUAAUCUGAUUACUGGACAGGAGAGGAAUGCCAUCCGAUUUGUCCGAAUGGUACAGUUUUUGUUGGCUAAACAAACAUUUGAAUCGCAUCUACAGGAACGGGAUGUUAGGGAUGUACUCGAACAAUACCAAACGGGACAUUCAAGUAUACUGUACAGGAUUCGUGAAAUACAAAGCGAUUUGGACGUAUUGGUCGGUAAAGUACAGACCAAUGGUAAGCGUAUGUUUGAGUCGAGAGCCGGACUCGUCGAUCGGAUCAAACGGCUGGAGACCAAACACGAUGAGUUGGACGAGAAAUUGGACCGAAAUUUUCAACUGAUUUUGGCCGCCAUUAACCGCGGUAACAGUGGUGAUGGCACUAAUGGUAGUAAUAGUAGUAGUGGUAGUGAUGACCACUUUCGGCAGUCACGGCCACCGUCAUCAUCGUCGACAUCGACGGCUGCAAACACUGGUGCCGUUCAUACAGACGUAACUGAGUUGUCGUCUUCGUCUGGCCGCUGGUCCCGAAAAUCGUCGACCACUUCGGCGGCAACUUUCUCAACAUAUAGCGCCGGUACCAGACGUAGCUCUGUUACCUAA